AUGGCAGACGCUUCCGCCGAUCCGCUUCCCCCCGUCCCGCCGUCCCCGCCAGUGGCGCCCGUCUGCGCGCCCCUCACGUCCCUCGACCAGCUUCUCCAUUGGCGCCCCAGCAGCCCCGCCACGUGCGGAAUCUACAACCGCGCCACCGCGCCCUUCCGCGCGCGGAGCGCGCCCGGCGCGGCGCGCGGCGAGCUUCCGCGGCGGCGGCGGCAGCGGGUGUUAGCGUGCCACGACAUGAUGGGGGGGUACGUGGAGGACGCGCGCGCGCAGGGGAGCGCGCGCAGCGAGGUGUACCGUGCGUGGGAGUGGGACUCGGUGGACGUGUGGGUUUACUUCAGCCACCACCUGGUGACGCUGCCGCCCGUGGCGUGGAGCAACUGCUGCCGCACGCACGGCGUGCAGGUGCGCACGGGGGUACUGGGCACGUUCAUCACGGAGUGGGAGGCAGGAGCUGAAGUGUGCCGGCAGCUGCUCGCCUCGCGCGCCACUGCUGCCCGCGCGGCCCACCAGCUCGCCCUCGUCGCGCACUACCAUGGCUUCCAUGGCUGGCUUGUGAACAUAGAGAACGCGGUGGAGAAGGAGAGGGUGCCCACGAUGCUGCACUUCCUGCGCACCCUCACCCACCACAUGCACGCCCUCUCCCCCCACGCCCUCGUCCUCUGGUAUGACAGUGUGACGGAGGAGGGCGAGCUGAGGUGGCAGGACGCGCUCACUCCGGCCAACCGCUGCUUCUUCCUCGCCUGUGAUGGCAUCUUCACUAACUACUCCUGGAAGGACCCCGCUAAGGUGCUGUCCUCCGUGGCCCUUGCGGGCAGCCGUGCGCCCGAUGUGUUCAUGGGGGUGGACUGCUUUCUCGCACCGGGCCGUGCCGCCAGGGGCUUUGAUGCAGGGCAGGCGGUGGGCGUGGCGCUGCAGGGAGGGGCGUCCGCGGCCGUGUUUGCACCUGCAUGGGUGUAUGAGACUCGCCAGGAGGCGAGCUUUGACGCGGCGCAGGAGAGGUGA